AUGGCCCAGAUUGCGUCUCUACCGACGUCAUCGCUGUCGUCCCUGUCGUCGCUGCCGUCGCUCGCUUCCUUGCCUGCGCUGCCGUCCCUGGCAGAGCUCGGCCUGGCAUGGUGGUCGUCGGACCUGACGUGCUCCAAGGGGACGUCGCCAAAGACAAAGACAGCAAAGGCGCCAAAAACAGCAAGGACAGCACAGACAGCACCUGAAACGGCGCCAACAUCGCCCCCAUCGACACCAACAACCACCACAAAACGAACGACCCCGUCACCACCACAGUCGCCGUCGGCUCGGGGCCGGUCGCCAGCACGGAAACGGCGGGCUCUGUCGCCCGACGACGGGGCCAAUGCCGACGGGGCCAUUGCCGACGAGGCGCCAGGGAGGGAGGAUAUGCAGGCCAAGGCAGCAGAUGGGUUCGAGGACGGCCACGCCAAGCACGAGCAUGACGUUGCGGAUCCAGGGGAUGCGUUCGACGCGGAAGGAGACGAAGCCACGGAGGACAGGGACAUUGUCGACCACAACGACCACAUUGACCGCACCGACCACACCGACCGCACCGGCGCCGCUACCGGCUGGCAGCUCGGACAGGGCCCGGGCCUGGCGCUGCCCAUCCGCCGAUUGCUGCCGCCACCGGCGCCCACUGCAUCCUACCGCGGCAGUCUCCCGCUGCCACUUCCACUGGCCCUGCCACGGGCCCUGCCACUGCCGCUGCCGAGGCCUAGGCCGACGACGCAGCCAGGGGCGCCCGUGCCGACGCUCGAGCAGCAUGCACCCGCGCUGCCCGGGCUGAAGUGGCCGUCGGGGCCGCCGGCGACGCCAAAGCGGAAGAGGGAGGAGGGGGAGGGGGCGCAAACGGAGGCAAACGAAGCCACGGCGGGCAACGAGGCCAAGGCGGGCCACGAGGCGACAGCGUCGCCGCCCGUCUACGUCCUGUACAAAUUCGACCGGGUGGACCAGCUGGGCGGCCAACGACGCGGCCAGCGCGGGCCGCGGUCGCCGGGCAAGCCCACCGUCGCCAGCCACCAGCGCGUCGCCGACAAGGCGGUGGUCUGA